CCAAAAGAAAAUGGGGUUUGGUGUAAAUCUGGGGGUGUAAUGUUAUCAUAUAUCACGCUACCUCGUAAAACCGACACUGAAAGCUGCCGGACAACAAAUCACAGGUCAAAAUUAUGAGUUCUUCGUAUUAUGUGAACGCGCUUUUUAGCAAAUAUACGGCGGGGGCUUCUCUGUUCCAAAAUGCCGAGCCCACUUCUUGCUCCUUUGCACCCAACUCGCAGCGGAGCGGCUACGGGCCGGGCGCGGGCGCCUUCGCGGCCAGCGUGCCCGGCUUGUACAAUGUCAACAGUCCCCUCUACCAGGGUCCCUUCGCGGCCGGCUACGGCCUGGGCGCGGACGCCUACGGCAACCUGCCCUGCGCCUCCUACGACCAAAGCAUCCCCGGGCUCUGCGGGGACCUCGCCAAAGGCGCCUGCGACAAGGCGGACGAGGGCGUGCUGCCCGGCCCGGCCGAGGCCAGCUUCCGCAUCUACCCCUGGAUGCGGUCCUCAGGACCCGACAGGAAGCGAGGCCGCCAGACCUACACCCGCUACCAGACGCUGGAGCUGGAGAAGGAGUUCCACUUCAACCGCUACCUGACGCGCCGCCGCCGCAUCGAGAUCGCCCACGCGCUCUGCCUCACCGAGCGCCAGAUCAAGAUCUGGUUCCAGAACCGCCGGAUGAAAUGGAAGAAGGAGCAUAAGGAGGAGGGCCCGACCCCCACUGCGGCCCCCGAAGGCGCGGUGCCCUCGGUCUCUGCCGCUGCUGCUGCUACCGCCGCAGACAAGGCAGAGGAGGAGGAAGAGGAGGAGGAGGAGGAUGAGGAGGAUGAGGAAUGAAGGGCCAAGGCCCUGGGUGCACCGGACAGUCAGAAAAGCGUCUUUAAGAGACUCACUGGUUUUAUUUACAAGAAGGGGGGCAAAUAAAAUGUAAAAAUAAGUCCCCAACAUUCACCCACCCACCCCCACCAUCCAUUCUAGCUCCCAACUUUUCUGGACCGAGCAGCUAGGGGAAUUAGGUGGCCUUGGGGACCCCCCCUCUGACGCUGAGGAUGCCAGUAGAUACCCCUAACCCUAGGCCAGUUUGUGCGCUGGCACAGCCAAAAUACUACCUAGCACAGGCCUCCUUGGGAGGCACCCCCAAACUACCUAUGGGCCCUGCCCUAGUGGGUUUCCUGAGAAGCCCUCGCCAUGUCUCAACACUGGCAGACCUCCAGCACUUCCCUCCACACUGCAAGAACAUGAUUCCGUACUACCUACAAGCCCUAAACUACCUAUUUUGUGCUGGCUGGCUUGCCUGCUACUUGGUGCCCACUCCUUCCAGGCCAGGCCCCUGAUGCUUCCAGCUGACAGCCUUUGGGGUCCCCAGGGCUUCACAGACAAUGCAAUGGGGUCCAGGGACCAGGGCAUUUGGCUACUAUUUAAAUUGAAGAAAAUAAUAUAUUUAUUCCAAAGCAUACUAAAUGCUGCAACCUAGAAGCCCUCUUUCUCUGGCUUGGACACCUCAAGUUCAGGGCCAUUACCCCCAUCCCACCCCCACCUUGUGGAGGUGAGCAUUCCCGAGCUGGCAGCAGACCUCUGGUUGGCUUCUGCACUAUAGGACUGAGGAGCUGCUCCCAGCCACACUGUUUUGUCCCCUGCUCCUGUGUCCUACUGUUCAGCCAGGUCAGCUCUGUACACCCUGACUUUUCCUAUGAGGACAAAUGCUGUAUAUUUGAACCGAUUUUUUUUUGGGGGGGGGGAGUCAUUUCUAUAACCUUGGAAUUGAUUUGUAAAGGAAUGUCUUGAUUUGGGAAGGCUGUGUUCAUAGGGAGACUUUGUAGCAUGGUGUGUUGUCUUAAGCUAAUUCUGUAGAGGGUGGGGAGCUAUAAUCCCCUCCCCAGUGCCCUACUUCCCUUGUGUUGUCCCCUUUAGCUCCAGCCUUGGGUUUAGGGAAGGACUGCUUCUCAGCCCAGCUAAUCAUGCUUUAUGUAACAAAAAUAAAGAUGCUUGGUGACAAAGAAA